UAGAGUGAAAGCUGUUAAGAGAUUUGUCAGAUAUCAUCUUCUAAUCUAAUAAUGUUUCUCUUACAUAACUCUUAAUGUAGUUAAGGGUUUAUUAAUAUGUCUCCCUAAUUUAAUUGGUGAAGCCAGAAUCGAAAGUCAACCAUAAACCCCAUCUUCCUUCUUUUUAUAGAGACACAAGAGACGCCCUUUCUUCUCCGCGUCUCUCUGUCUCAACUCUGUCAACAUGUCAGGACCUCUAACUUGCUCUGUGUCCGAUCUCUCCGCCAUGCUCGGUCCCAACGCCACCGCAGCGGCUGAAUACAUAUGCGGCCAAUUAGGCACCGUAAACAACAAGUUCACAGAUGCAGCCUACGCCGUAGACAACACCUAUCUUCUCUUCUCUGCCUACCUCGUCUUCUCCAUGCAGAUAGGCUUUGCGAUGCUCUGUGCUGGCUCCGUUAGAGCCAAGAACACAAUGAAUAUCAUGCUCACCAAUGUCCUUGACGCUGCAGCCGGAGGACUCUUUUACUAUCUUUUCGGUUACGCCUUUGCCUUUGGCGGAUCCUCUGAAGGUUUCAUCGGAAGACACAACUUUGCUCUUAGAGACUUCCCGACUCUCACGUCCGACUACUCUUUCUUCCUCUACCAAUGGUCAUUCGCAAUCGCAGCUGCUGGAAUAACCAGCGGUUCUAUCGCGGAGAGGACUCAGUUUGUGGCUUACUUGAUCUACUCUUCUUUCUUAACUGGAUUUGUUUAUCCUGUUGUGUCUCACUGGUUCUGGUCCCCGUUCGGAUGGGCUAGUCCCUUCCGUUCAGCAGAUGACCGUUUGUUUAACACCGGAGCCAUAGAUUUUGCUGGCUCCGGUGUUGUUCACAUGGUUGGUGGCAUAGCAGGAUUAUGGGGUGCUCUCGUCGAAGGUCCUCGACGUGGCCGGUUUGAGAAAAGUGGUCGCGCUAUUGCACUACGUGGCCACUCCGCCUCCCUUGUCGUCUUGGGAACGUUCCUUCUUUGGUUCGGUUGGUAUGGUUUCAACCCUGGUUCCUUUACCAAGAUCCUCGUCCCGUAUGAAACCGGUUCGAGCUACGGCCAAUGGAGCGGAAUAGGACGGACAGCGGUUACAACCACGCUUGCUGGAUCCACCGCAGCUCUAACCACACUCUUCGGAAAACGUCUUCUCUCUGGCCACUGGAACGUGACAGACGUAUGUAACGGGCUACUCGGUGGGUUCGCUGCCAUAACAGGGGGUUGCUCUGUGGUAGAGCCCUGGGCUGCGAUCGUAUGUGGAUUCGUGGCUGCCCUCGUCCUCAUCGGCUGCAACAAGCUCGCGGAGAUCGUACAGUAUGAUGAUCCCCUCGAGGCGGCGCAACUACACGGAGGAUGUGGUGCGUGGGGGUUGAUAUUCGUAGGGCUUUUUGCAAAGGAGAAGUAUCUAAACGAGGUUUACGGCGAGACACCUGGAAGGCCAUAUGGACUGUUAAUGGGUGGAGGAGGGAAGCUGUUGGGAGCACAAUUAGUUCAAAUACUUGUGGUUGCAGGAUGGGUUAGUGCUACCAUGGGAACACUCUUCUUCUUGCUCAAAAGGCUCGGUUUGCUGAGGAUAUCGGAGAAGGAUGAGAUGGCCGGUAUGGAUAUGACACGUCACGGUGGUUUUGCUUAUAUGUACUAUGAUAAUGAUGAUGAGUCUCACAGGGCCAUUCAGCUCCAAAGAGUUGACCCUGGAUCUCCUUUCCCACGUUCGGUUACUCCUCCUCGGGUUUAAUUUUCAAGCUUCUUGUAAUUUUUUUAACUGUUGAGCAUUGUUGGGGUAAUAUGGUUUUGAAAUACAAACUUGGUAUGGAUACUGACUCAUCCAUCAUUA